AUGAACCGUCGUCCUACGAGGCACGCAACUAUGAACAAAGAGAAUAGAUCUUCGGAAGUUGUAGGUCCUGCAGUGCGAAUCACACGAGCAAGGGCUAAAGCCUUGGGCUCAUCAGGAGGAUUGCCACCUUUGCAUCCCUCAACCAAACAGGACGGUAAAAUGGUUUUGAAAACGAACUCCAAAAGAGCAGCGUCUGACGAGAACAAACCUGCUGCAAGUUCCUCUGCAUUUUCUCAGCAUAAGAAAAGGGCAAUUCUUAAAGAAGUAACUAACGUACUGUGUGAAAAUUCAUACAAAAAUUGCAUCAACGCAACAAAAGUUCAGUUUAGCAAACUGGAUAGAAAAGGCACUGUGAAAAAAAAUGCAAGGGUGGCACAUGCUGUUUCUGUUAAAGAGUCUCAGGUUCCAGAGGAUAGAAGAGAAAACAUAGCUGAAGAGAUUAACACAGUAAAUGUGGAGGAAUCACAAGAUAUUUGUUUACCCAUAAAUGUAAAAGAGUUAGGAACUGUUCAACCAAGUGAAUAUCUCACAACAGAUAAACAAAAUUCUACUAAGCGCAAUCCAUGGUGGAGUCAAUUGAAGCGAGGAGACAGCACACUCUGGCAUACACAAGAAAACUUGGAUAAUGCAGGCAUUAUGGACAUAGAUUCAAAACACAAGGAUCCACAGAUGUGCAGCCUGUAUGCCCCUGAUAUAUAUAGAAAUUUUCACACAACAGAGCUUGACAGGAGGCCUUCUGGCAAUUAUAUGGAGAAGCUGCAGCGAGACAUCAGCCCGGGCAUGCGGGGGAUACUGAUUGAUUGGCUUGUGGAGGUUUCUGAAGAGUAUAGGCUCGUCCCAGACACACUUUACCUUACUGUAAAUCUUCUUGAUCGGUUCUUGUCUGAAAACUACAUCGAGAAGCAAAAAUUGCAACUCCUUGGUGUAACCUGCAUGCUAAUUGCUUCAAAAUAUGAAGAAAUCUGUGCACCUCGUGUUGAUGAGUUUUGCUUUAUCACGGACAAUACCUAUGCAAAAGAAGAGGUAGUGAAAAUGGAAAGUUGCGUUUUGAAUUUUUUGGGUUUUCAGUUAUCUGUUCCCACUACAAAGAAGUUCCUUAGGAGAUUCAUUCAAGCAGCACAGGUUUCGUACGAGGUUCCAUCUGUUGAAUUGGAAUUCUUGGCAAAUUAUUUAGCAGAGUUAACUCUAACUGAGUACAGUUUCCUAGAGUUUCUUCCAUCUCUUGUUGCCGCAUCUGCUGUAUUUCUAGCCAGAUGGACACUAGAUCAAAUAUUCCAUCCAUGGAAUUCGACUCUGGAGCAUUACACCAACUACAAGGCCUCGGAGAUGAAAACCACUGUUCUCGCAUUGCAAGACUUGCAGCUAAAUACUCAUGGAUGCAAGUUGCACGCAAUACGUGAAAAAUAUAAACAGUCUAAGUUCAAGUGUGUGUCAACUCUCCGUUCUCCCAAAUCCGUUGGAUCACUUUUCUAG